AUGCUGUUAUGCAUGAAGUCGCUGAUGAUGUUGUCAACCCUAUGAAGUUUGAUGAAAUUGUCAAAGCCAUGCAUGAUGUGAUAGAUGAAGCUGGCAACGUGUACAGAAUCCCUGCUGAUGAAGUAACGAGUUUAAAAGCCCAAAUAGAUGGGAUGUGGGAUGAAGUGCUCACAGAUAAUGAAAAAGCUAAGGCUUAUUGUUGCUUCUUCCUGCAAACUUAUGGAAACAAAGAAGCCAAAGUCAUGUGGGAGGCGAUGUUGUCUGAAGAAACUUUGCUCUUUGGCGAUGAAAAAGUUGAACGCUCGAAAGUUUUCCAUUCCCUGGAAUUGACACUACAGAAACCUAAAGAUCAACCCGAAGACAAGAUCUCCUACACUGAACUGCUAACUGGCAAAGAUAAAUUCAUUGUAGUCAUUGGCGACUCCGGGUCUGGGAAAUCCACUUUGGCAAAGAACUUGGUGAUACAGCACCAUGGUAUCUCAGAUGCAAAGUUAGAAAUAUUCAAUCUGAAGAAUCACAAUUUGUUACUUUAUUAUGAAUGCAGGAAUGUUUCUACAACAGAAUUUACUGAUGUAGUAGAAGAAAACUUCGAAAAUGUGUGCCAGAAACUCGGCCCUGAAACUGUUAUCCAUGGAAUCACCGAGUCUAAACCUUUGAUUCUCAUUGAUGGCUAUGAUGAAUGUCAUAAAGCCUCGUAUAAGGUUGUGCAACAAAUAGUGAACAAAAUGAGGAACCAUGAGUGUCGUGUGAUCAUCACCACCAGGCCAAGUGCUGCUGAUGAGCUCAAGGGCUUUCUGAAGCGAGAAGGCGUGAAGUUCCAAGAGUAUGAGAUAUUAGAAAUUAGUCAUUUUGAUGACCAACUAAGAUUUCUCGAGAAGUAUGAAAAGCAUGUCACUCCACAUGCAGAAAAAGUUGUGAAGAGCUUCAGCUCUCUUGGAAGGAGCAUUCAAGAACUUUUUAGCAUACAAGAACUCUUUGCUUCCAAGCCUGUCGUAAUGGAGCUCCGUAAGAAUAAUGCCCUACCUCCAAUCCUGACUCAAAAAAUUGAAUGGAUCAGGCGGCGAGAGGUGCUCAAGUAUGUGUUCAUGGAGCUGAGUGCUGCUGAGGAUUGCACUGUCUUCUGGAAUAACUGGCCGCUCCUGCUUAAAGCUAUUGGAUGCUUUCCCUAUUAUUACGCUGAAGAAAUUGUACUGAACAGCCCUAAUUCGCAACACAUUGCGGCAGCGUUUGCUGAAGUCGUCUUGCAGCCUAACGACAAGUGGGAAAUCGAUGCAGAUUUUCUGUGGCUUCCAACCUCGCGCAAUGUUGAUGCCGUUGCGCUGCUGCUGCCUCACCAGCAGCCCGCCACGCUCAGCGUCGGGCUCCUUGAUAACCCAGCGCCCGAGUCGUGGCGCCAGAUGCGUGUUGUCAGUUUUUGA